CAAUUCGUUUGACCUAAAGUGGUCGUUGGGUUCGUCACUUCGCCUCGUUCCGAAGCGGCUCGAUCGAGACCGCGUCGCGAUGGCUCAGGAGACAGAAUAGCGAGAAGAAGGGAUUCGAGCGAGCUACUUCUCCUUCUCCUUCUCCUCCUCCUCGGCCGCCAUCGACGGAGAGGCGGAAGAGCUUCUGUCUCUCCAACCAUGUUCGAGGGCAUGGUGAGCCAGGUGCUCUCUGGCUACCUUGGCCGAUUCGUCAAAGACAUCCAGAAGGAUCAGCUGAAGAUUGGCAUCUGGAAUGAAGAAAUACUGUUGGAGAAAGUGGAACUAAUACUUGAAGCCUUUGACUAUUUGCAAUUGCCUUUUGCAUUGAAAGAUGGGAGGGUCGGAAAAUUGAGCAUUAAAAUACCUUGGAAAAAGCUUGGAUGGGAUCCUAUCAUAGUUGUUUUGGAGAACAUAUUUAUAUGUGCUUGUCAGCGGGAAGAUAGUGAGUGGAGUUCACAUUCAGUGGAUAAAAGAGAGUUGGCUGGGAAAAUGGCAAAACUUGAUGCUAUAGAACUAACAAAGUUGUCAAGACGAGUCUCUGAUGAUCAGGCUGGUCAGUCUUUUUUUUCUUACAUAUCUGCUAAGAUUUUGGACAACAUCCAAGUUUCCAUCAAGAAUGUCCAUAUUGUUUAUAUGGACAAACAUAUAGAUCAGGAGUCAUUUAUAUUUGGCUUGAAACUCUCUAGUCUGAUUGUAUCAACAGACACCCAGAAGCAGAAUUUUACUGGAUCUUCAAUGGGGAAAUCUGUGACUGGCCAAGUGAGGAAGGUUAUCGAAAUAUCAGGAGUUGCUCUUUACUGUAACAUUGUGGAAGAAAGUCAAAGUUUGUUUGGUCUUAUAGUUGCACAGACGUUUUCUUAUCCAAUGAUAGACUAUGAGAAAUAUGACUAUAUUAUAAACCCAUUUGACCUCAUGAUCAGUCUGCUGGUAAAUAAAUCUGGAAAGCUUGAUGGCACACCUCAAUAUGACAUCAGUGUGGAGAUAACUAACUUGGCUCUUACAGUUGAUGAGUUUCAAGUGCAACAAAUUAUGAGUCUCUGGGAUUACUUCUCCAUCUGUACUCUAAGAAAGAAAUAUGGACGAUAUCGUCCCCCUCAAAGCAUUUUAUCCAUGAAGCUUCAAGGAUGGCAAAAAAUUUGGUGGCAUUAUGCUCAAAAUUCUAUUUUAGCUGAUUUGCGUCAAAAGUCAAGAAGGACUUCUUCGAGAAAUCUGGCUAAACGAAUUAUCCAUUGCCUGAAGUACGUCAAACUGUACAAAAGGAAGUUGGAACUUCUGCAGCUAGAUCAGCUUAUUAGCAAGGAUAUUCUGCACGAUUUGGAAAAAAUGGAUAAAGAAUAUGACAUUGAUGACAUCUUGAGCUAUAGAUCUUUGGCUGAACAACAGUUGCAGGAAUCACUUUCAAAAUUAAAUGAUUUUGGUGAUGCUAAGUCUUCUCAAGUAAAAGGAGAGCAGACUUCAAGUAAAGCACGUAGUUGGUUAAAUUGGUUAUCUCGUGGCCUGCUUGGAGCUGGUGGAACAUCAGAUACUGGUUCAUUUGCUGGCGUUGUUUCAGAUGACAUUAUCAAGGAUAUCUAUGAAGCAACUGAAUUUCAUCCAGUACCUUCUCUGUCUAAUGAUGUGUUGUACAGAAACGAAUCUUGUUUGUCUUUUGUGAAGUUCAGCGUUUGGCAGAUUAUCACCAUAAUCCGAAACAAAAUGAUUGACAAGGGUGCUGCUGAAAUGAUAUGCCAUGAGUUCAUUACUGAAUGUAAAUUCUGGGAGGACUCUACAGAUGUUGUUGCCUCAGUAGAUUCGAUUAAGAUUGUAAACCCAGACAAUGAGAAUACUAUUUUGGCAGAUAAGCCAAUUGCUGAGGAGAGUUACAAGUUACCCUUUCUCAGUGUGAAUUUUAGUAUGCCACGUUCUGAUAAGUAUGAUGUUUCAACAAAGAUUGUGGUUCGGCCAUUGGAAGUCAAUUUUGAGAGUGACUUUUUCCUCCAUAUCCUGCCUAUUUAUUACUCCAUCACUUCAUUACAGUUCCAGCAUGAUCGGGUAUUGUCAUCAUUAAAUGGGUUGAAAAAUUUUGAAGCUAGAUUACUGAGAAAACUUGAGUACCACCUUGCUAAUCAUAAGAAGUUGUAUUGGGAUGUUACUCUCGACAAAAUUAUCCUGAAUCUUCCAUUGCAGAAUGAAGAUCUAAAACUUCUCAAUAUGGUUUUGGAAUUCGAAGCCUUUUCCUUGAAAUCUAAGGCUCAUUCACAUGCUUCUCAGAUAUUGGAUGAUAGACUUUGCCGGGAAAAUAUACAUCAAUCAGAUCCUAAACAUGGGAGCCGAUUCAAUUUCCAAAUUGAGGAUUUCUAUAAUAAUUUUGAGAUUCAGUUAGCUGGUUUGAAGGUAAACUUAUUGGAGCCUAAGAUACCAAGGGUAGUCUCAGUGAUGGAACAUUUCUGCACCUCUUUUCACCUUGGAUUGUGUAUAUUUUUAGAUGAACCCACCUUAAAAAAAUUUGAGGUUGAUUGUAUUGUUCAUACACUUGCUAUGCAUAUCUCCGUAGAAAUAGUCGAUGCUCUUCUCAGAGUGCAGGACUUGUGGUCAGUGCUUGGACCUCAGAUAUUUGCUGAAGAUGAUCCAUAUGUUAUCGGUGGCAGUGCACAUAAUUCCCACUUCUUUCCCUUUCCAUGUUCUGUGUCUGUCAAAUUUGACAGAUGGCAAUGUAAUCUUGAUCUUGAAGAAGAUGCAGAAAAUAGCGCAACUAUCUCCCUUACUUCUAGAGAUGUAGAUGUUAGGUACUCUCUACAGGAAGCUAUGAGUCUUUCAUUCCUUGCAAAUAUGUUGAAAAUAGAUUACCUGCACUUGUAUAAUGAAUCAAAUUGUAAUUUAUUGUGCUCAAAAAGAAAUGAAAUAUGUGGCACUAUAAAUGCGAGUACUCAGUAUGCAGGUCUUAGCAUACAAGAACUGCCCUCCAGUGGAAGUUCUGGGACUCGUUGCCUAGAGUUGCAAUACCAAGCUCAAGCAGGAGGUUUUCCGAGACAGGAGUGCAGUUUGUUCAUAUGUGAUAUUGAUCUUCAUAUUUACCCAAAACUUUCUGGAUUACUGCAGAAGUUCAUUCAUAAAGUGCAAUCUUCUAUUGCUAGAACUUCCGUCAAGACAUCUAGGCCGAGUGAGAAUAAUAUUGAUCUGGAAAUAGCUGACAAUGAGUGGUGUGAGUCUGUUUUCUCCAACUUCUACAAUUUUGAACAGACUGCAUACCCCAAAUUUUCUUCACACCAUUUCCCAUUUGUGUCUAUAGUUAAUUCAGGUUUCCUAAACAGUCUUAAAAGCUCAAGUAUACUUAGUCUUUCAGAUUUAAAAGAAUUAUGCAUCAAGAAUGAAGAAUUCUCUGAAAAAAUGCCAUGUACAACCAAGAGUUCGAACAUGACAUUGCCCUCAACCGGCAUUAAAGAAGUUUCAAGUGCCAACAGCAAUUGCUUUAGCAUGAAGUUCACUCUGAAUCGGAUUAAUGCAUAUUUUCAUGAUUCCUCUUGCAUUUUGGGAAUACUUUCUGUACCUACAUCUAUAUCUUCUCUUAGAUUUUGUGAAACUGACUGUUGGGAUUUACAAUCAUCCAUUCAAGGGGUAGCACUUUCAUCAUCAUGGUCUUUUCCCAAUAUCCAUGAGGUCCUCUUAGGUCCAUCAUCAGUAAACAAUUUUCCGAUAUUGAAUAUUCGUGUAAGAAAAGGAAAAAUGAAUACAACGCUCCCUGCAACGGAAAUAAGUAUUGGUAUCCAACAUGUCUGCUGCAUACUUUCUUCUGAUUUUCUGAGUUUAUUGAUUGGCUACUUUUCUUUACCCGAUUGGACAUUUGAUUAUGAAGGCUCUGAAAUUGUGCUGAAUGAUUUAUUCUUCAAGUUUGAAGUGCUCAAUUCAACUCUGCUUUUUCCUCUUGAGAAUCAUGAUUUCUGUGUAGAUCUUGAGUUGCCUCAACUAGUUGGCAGCUUCAUUCCAGUGUCCAAUUCAUCAGGUGUUUGUGGAGAUAUGCCUUCUAAGUGCAUGUUUCCAGAAUCCACAUGUUCUGAAGCAGUUAAGAUUGUUAAUGUAUUUGGAAGAAGUACAUCUUUAUCUCUUUUGCUGCUUGGGGAUGAUAAAAAGUUUCUAUUGGGACCAGCCAAUCGUAUGUCUAAUGCAAAUAUGCCUCUCAUUACACAACUAGAUGCUGAUUUAUGGAUCCGAAUUCCCUUUGAUACAAAGGAUGAUUCCCAAAAUUCCACUACCCCAUUUUUGGUAAUGAUGAGCUUAAGCAUCUGUAACUUAAUUGCAAGAGAUGACUACUUUAUAGAUGGAGUAGAAGCUGUUGCUGAUGCUAUCGAUCAGUUAUCAUCAGUUACUGACAAAUCUGAGAAGUAUACAUCUGAUGCCUUGCAGUUCUUGCAGUGUUGCAGAAAUAGUAAGAAGGAAGAUUUUGUGCCAAGUGAAUCUAUUAUCAAUAUUCAAUGUUGUAUUAAAGCACUUUCCAUAUCGCUCUAUCAUUUUGGAGAUGAAGAUUCUCCACUUAUUGCAAGUGUUGAAACACAACUUAAUCUAUCUGCCAUGAUGCAAAGUGCGAUGCUACAAUCUCUAGUAGUGAAUAUCCCUUAUCUGGUUAUGCGCUCUUCAAAUAAAAAUAUUCUUUUAUUAUUGGUCACACCUGAAGUUAUCAGUUCAUCUCAUCUUCAUUUCAGUUUAUCUAAAUCUUGUGAUGCUAUAUUUGAACUUUUUGUCAGCAUACCCUGCCUUGAAAUUUGGUUGCAUGUGUCUGACUGGAAGAAUAUUGUUGAGCUUCUUCAGUCAUACUCAAUGCAUUUAGAGGGCACUCCGGUUUCUUCCAAUGUCGAACUAGAGUCUGAAUGUCAUAUUUCCCCAGAUCCCCUAAUCGUUAGUUGGGUUAUUAAAUCAGAAAACAUCUCAGCUUCUUUAUAUAUUCCUAACUCAGGUGAGAACGACUUGAUAAAUUCAGAAAUACUUGAAGUAGAUAUGUUAAAUUCUCUGGAUGUUCCCUGUGAUAAUCUAGCAGAGAGUAUGCAGCUUUGCAAGUUAAAAAAUUGUAGCUAUUUGAAGCUCACUGUCCACAGUAAAUUUUGUGAAAUGACCAUCCUCGAGAAAAGUAUGGAGAUGAAGUUUAAUUUGGACCAGGUGAGAAUGAGGUUGGAGAUGGUUCUCAAUUCUGAAAUUACUUCCAUUCCAUUUAUCCACAUAUCUCAGGUGAGAACAGGAAUUUUUAUAGAUAGGAAGCAGAAAGAGCUGGUAAAUAUAUGCUCUGAUGUUGCUGUACAAUCAUUUGACAUUGGAAUUUCAUAUCAAGUGUUGUACUUCUUGAAUUGCUUUCGGUUAAUUGUUCCUGAGACUGAAUCUUCUCCUAUGUCACAAAAUUGUGUGGAUCUCAAACUUCAUUUGAAGAAGGGCACCUUGCUAUUGAGUGAUGGACGGUGGAGCUAUCAUGGACCUAUUCUUGAGACCUUGACAAAGAACAUGCUCGUGCAAUUCAAGCAAACAGCAGAUAUCAUUGAGGGCUCAGCUGCUGCUGAUCUGUUGAUUAACUACAACAACAUUGAUAAGGUUAUGUGGGAAGCUUUUCUGGAACCAUGGAGUUUUGAGUUGAACUGGACUUGGAAACAUAUGGGUCAUAUCUUGAAUUCUUAUGCAGUUACUAAUGUGUAUUUAAAUUCAACAAAGCAGCUUAAUUUAAAUAUUACAGAACCACUAAUUGAGGCUAUUUUUAGAUUGAAUCAUGUGGUUACCGAUGCUUUUAAGAAUGAUGAUGCUUAUGGAUUUCAAGAUCCUCAUGGAAUCUUGGGAUUACGGACUACUGAAGAAAUACAUAGCAGAAGAUAUGCCCCAUAUAUCCUCUAUAAUGAUACAUCAUUACCUCUGACAUACCACGUGCACUGUGGAUCUGCUGACAUGGAUGAUAUGUACAACUAUCAUAUGAACAAUGAAAAUGUUGUUCAGCCAGGGUUUUCUGUUCCAAUUUUUGUUGAGGAAACUCUUGAUGAACAAUUUUUUCAAUAUAGGCCCUCUAAUUCUUCCGACAGGCUUCUAGACAAAAAGAUGAGUGUCAUAUCACAUCAUAUGAUUUCUAUAUACUUUGAAGGAACUUCUGGGCCUUCAAAACCUAUGUCAAUGGACCUUGUGGGUCUUAGCUUUUUUGAGGUGAAUUUCUCUAAAAGCAAGCACUCAGUUCUUGUGGAUGUAGACAAAGAUGGAAACAACUGUAGGACCGGGGAGCAGUACAAAAGCGAUCAACAUGAAGGAUUAUUUGUUCCUGUAGUAUUUGAGGUUUCUAUGCAUCACUAUAGCAAGAUCAUAAGGCUGUACUCAACGGUUAUACUUUUCAAUGCAACUUCAGUGCCUUUGGAAGUACGGUUUGACAUUCCACUGGGUGUGUCUUCCAAGAUCCUAGGACCAGUACUUCCGGGACAUGAUAUUCCUUUGCCAUUGCACUUGGCAGAAUCUGGUCAAAUCAGGUGGCAUCCAGCCGGGACACAAUACUUGUGGAGUGAGGCACAUUCACUGUCAAAUAUAUUAUCCCAUGAAAGUAAACUCGGAUAUCUGAGAUCUUUUGUGUGCUAUCCAUGUCAUCCUAGUAAUGAUCCAUUCCGCUGCUGCAUAUCAAUUCAGGACUAUAGCUUCUGCUCUGUAGAUGCAGCAAAAGAGCUUUCACCAGUAAAAAUACAGGAGACUGAACCGUCUCUCUUUAGAAGUAACAAGUCAACUUUUCUGAGGAAUCAUUUUAUUCGACAUGUGAGGCUGAAUACUCCCCUCCUGGUGAAAAAUUAUCUUCCUAAUUGUUUGUCCUUGACAAUAGAAUGUGCUGGAAUCACACGCACUUUUUCUCUUUCAGAGGUUGGUACCACUUCUAUUUUUCAUAUUGAUUCUGCGCAUGACCUUGGGUUAACCUUCAAAAUGGAACACUACCAGAAUCUUGCAUCAAAGUUUCCUCGAGCAGAUUCAUUUUCUUCAAUGUGCAGAUUAAAUGGUUCUGUCUACUCUUCUUCAGAAAAAUUGACAUUUUAUCCUGAAGAUUCAAGUGGCCUUAUUUAUGCCACUCUUGAUAAAACAAUGGAUGCAUAUUGUGGGGCAAGGGAGAUAUGUCUUUCUGUUCCCUUUUUGUUGUAUAAUUGUACUGGUUUGUUUCUCACGAUCUUAGAUGUCAAUAGUGAGGGAACAGGACAUGCCAUUGUUAUUCCUCCAAGUUAUAAUGAAACUGAAGAAAAACAUCUUCUCACUCAAAAUGAUGGCCUUGCAUUUUUAUCUUCAGAGUCGAGAUUGUCUUCUGAUUCAGUUCUUUUUGAUAGUUCUUUGGAGAGCAGACAACGUGACAAUAAUUUUGGAAAAGAAGAAUUCAGCCAAUCUUCAAUUCACCAUACAAGUGUCACUGAGGAAACAGGAGUUUCUUGCUCUACCAAAACAGAUGGUAAAGUUAAGAGGAGCUCAUCUUUUUUAUCAUGGAAAGAUGGGAAGGGUGUUGGAUUUGUGCAUGAUGAACACAACCUAAAAAUAAAACCAUGUAUCUAUGGCCCCAUAAGCGAUAUUCCUGCGACUGAACUUGUGGUUAAGCUGACUGCUAGUUUGUCAAAAACCCGAUACGAGAGCAAUCGAAAUCUGUCUUGGUCUAAACCAUUUUCUCUUGUCACAGCAAGUGGUUCGGCAAACAUCACUAUUCCUCAACCAUUUGCUUCUGGUGCAUUUUUAAUCUGUGCUGCAUCAGUCCCUGUUUCUGGAGAGUUAUCUGGGAGGACAAGGGUAAUUGUCUUUCAGCCCAGAUACAUCAUAUGUAAUGCCUGCAAAAAGAACUUGUUCUACAGACAGAAAGGAACUAACAUUUCUCACCAUUUGGGAGUAGGGCAACAUUCUCAGCUUCACUGGUCUGAUACAUCAAGAGAGCUGCUUAUUUCUCUUCGAUUCAGUGAACCUGGUUCGCAAUGGUCAGGCAACUUCCGUCCAGAUUGUCUUGGAGAUGCUCAAGUAAAAGUUAGAAAUUAUAUAAGCAGUGUAUCUAACAUGGUUCGAGUUGAAGUACAAAAUGCUGACAUGCCAAUAAGCAAAGAAGAUAUGAUCAAGAACUCUAGUGGGCAUUCUAUGACGCAUUUAAUUCUUCUGUCUGAUGAUGAUACUGGCUUUAUGCCAUAUAGGAUAGACAAUUUCUCAAUGGAGACAUUGCGCAUUUACCAACAAAAAUGUGAAUCAUGUGAUACCACAAUCCAUCCUUACGCAUCUUACCAGUACUCAUGGGAUGAACCUUGCUAUCUUCAUCGUCUCAUUGUUGAGGUUCCUGGGGAGCGAAUUUUAGGAGCAUAUAGUCUGGAUGAUAUAAAAGAACAUGAACCUGUAUGCUUACCUUCAACAACCGAGAAACCUGAAAGACGACUAUGUAUCUCCGUGCAUUCUGAGGGAGCAGUCAAGGUUCUCAGUGUCAUUGACUCAAAUUAUCAUGUUGUUAAUAACCUUAAAGGGAGUGGCUCUCUUGGAUUCAGAGAUAAAGAAAUAUUUGAUCAGAAGACGAGCAAUGCUGGUUACACUGAAAUGUUCACAAUACAUGUGCCAUUUAUUGGGAUUUCCUUGAUGAAUUCCACUCAGGAAUUGAUUUUUGCGUGUGCAAAGGAGACCACAGUUGUUUUGAUGCAGAGUUUAGAUCAGCAGAAGAUAUCUUUGAAAACCUUGUCUCUUCAAAUUGAUAAUCAAUUGCCUGAUACUCCAUAUCCUAUUCUGCUCUCGUUUGACAAGGAGAACAGUGGAUUAGCAACGAACAUCUUGAGAAAUUGGGAAAACAAAAAUUCUCACAAAGAGUCCACUCUUGACAGUGCCAUUGAACCUGUCUUUUACUUUGCUGCUGCCAGGUGGAGGAAUAUGGAUAAAUCUUUGGUCUCCUUUGAACACAUAGAUUUUGGAUUGGCUCCAUUGUCAAUUGAACUGGAAGAACAAGUAUUAUUGAGCUUGUUUGAGUAUUUUAAAGUAGUAUCUUCAAGACUGCUGAACACAAGCUUAGGGAGAAACUUUGAAUUGGGGAAUCAUAGUAAUAGUGCAGAUAGAAACUUGGGAAACACUCACAUUUACAAUGGAAAAAACGUGCUUAAGGAGAAAACAAUUUUUGCAACUGAAGAAAGAAGUGCAUUGUUACCUUUUGUGGUUCCAGUUGGUGCUCCAUGGCAACAUAUAUUUCUUUUAGCAAGACAGAAGAAGAAGAUAUAUGUUGAACUUUUUCAAUUGGCUCCUCUAAAGUUGUCCUUAAGUUUCUCAAGUACUCCUUGGGCGAUAAGAAAUGAAGUCCGCGCAAAUACUGAAUCUUUAUCACACUUCCACAGCAACUCACUUCAGAGAGGGUUGAUGGCUCUUGUUGAUAUUGAAGGAGUGCCUGUUCAGUUUAGCCAACUAACAUUAGCGCAUCUUAUGGCUAGCCCCGAGUCAAUACAGGAAAUUGUAACUAGGCACUACACUAAGCAAUUGUUCCAUGAAAUGUACAAGGUGCUUGGCUCUGCUGGUGUUAUUGGAAAUCCAGUGGGUUUUGCUAGGAAUGUUGGUCUUGGUAUACGAGACUUUAUAUCCUUUUCUGGAAAAGGAGUCAUACAGAGGAGCCCCAGUGGAUUGAUAACCAGCAUAGCACAAGGUUCGAAAGGUCUUCUAAACAAUACAAUAUAUGCCAUUAGCAGUGCUACCAGUCAGUUCAGUAAGGCUGCACAUAAGGGUAUUGUGGCAUUUACAUUUGAUCAGCAUGGUGCUCCUCAAUUGGAGGAGCAGCUGAAUUACCUAGAUUCACAUGGCAAAGGUGUUCUGAAUGAAUUUUUAGAGGGGCUCACAGGAUUGCUUCAGUUUCCAAUCAGAGGUGCUGAAAAGCAUGGUUUACCGGGGGUUUUGUCAGGUAUAGCAAUGGGGACUGCUGGGCUUAUUGCGAGGCCAGUGGCUAGCAUCCUUGAAGCUACAGGGAAAACUGCUCAAAGUAUUAGAAACAGGAGUAGCCCGCAUCAGUCCUGUUGCUUUCGUACUCGAUUGCCAAGGCCUUUAGCCAGAGAGCUUCCUUUGUCACCAUACUCAUGGGAUGAAGCUAUCGGAGUGGCAGCGCUUCUUCAGGCAGAUGGGCUGAGAUUGAAAGAUGAAAUAUUUGUGAUGUGCAAACCGCUAAAACAAACAGGCAGGUUCGUGAUCAUCAGCAAGAGGCUGGUUUUGGUUGUUUCAUCGUCUUACUUAUUGGGGUUGGGCACACCUGAGUUUCUUGGCAUUCCUCCUGAUCCAGAAUGGGUUAUAGAAACCGAAAUGAGUUUGCAGGGUGUGGUUCAUAUUGAUAGGACACAGGAGGUUGUGAAUGUUGUCGGAAGCUAUCUUGAGACAGUAAUGGUGCAGAAAAGAGGAAGCACAAAAAAUAGACCUUGGAAUCCCUCACCAUCUUCGCCCGUUUUUCAUACGAGUAUCGAAUUGCCGAAUGAGGAAGAAGCAGAAUACCUUCUUCAGGUUUUACUAUCGACAAUCGAAGAAGGGAAAUCUAGAAGCUGGGGGGUGCACAUCCUGCAUCGUAGCAGUCUCAAGUGAAACCCAAGUGGUUUAUAUAUAUAACCUACCACAGAACCGAAGCUGUGGCAAUUUUGCUCCGAUACCACUGUGGUAAUGAUUCUUCAACUUAUUCUCGUUUGAAGCCGUGGAAUAUAUAUCCAACGGCUUCGAAGAUAGAAGCCAAUUUUGUGCAUGUAUACACAAGAAAAAUCGGAGCAAGUAGCUUUUUUUUCUCUUUUUUUUUUUUUUGUACAUAUCAGUAUCAAUUGUACGCAAUGUAAAUUACCUUCAGAGUGAUGAUAUUCAUCCUUACCAGAGCAUCAUCACAA